CAAAAUUUGACUAAAGUUCAAUUACCAACUACAAAUAUUCAACUUUUAAAUAUAACCCAAGAAAUUCUGUUAUCAACUCAAUCUCAAAAUGAUACUAUCAGGCAUUCUAAUUUUAUUGCAAAGAAAAUUAAAAAGU